AUGACUUUCUUCCAUAAUAUUAAUCAUUUUGCUCAUAGUGGAAUGGAUACGUCUGUUCCUCCUUCGCCAACAAUUAACAUGUCGCAAGAGUUUGCUGAGAUCAUUUGCAAUUCUCAGGAUACCGAUUAUUCAAGUUACAAAUAUGUAAUUGGUGUGAAUGAUCCACCAGUUGAUAUUGAAGUAACCAAUGCUGCUAAAUAUUUACCAAAUGAAAUUGAAACAAUUGCACAUUUGAAACUCAUGAGAGCUUUUUCAGUGAUGAAAAAAAAAGUUGUCGGUUUAACAGAUUCUAACAAUGCUGGUAAGCUUUGGGGAGCUUUUGUUGCCAGAGCUGUUCGUCGGUUUAUUGUGUUUGUUACAGCAAUUAAAAAAACUGUUGCUAGUUCAGGCAAGGCAUACGAUGAACCCUCGAUCUUCGCCCUUGCUAAUGUAAAAAAUUCUGAAUUGGUUGCUACAGUCAAUCAAUUACUACCUCCAUUGGACGUCAUUAUGGUCUGGCAUGCAUUUUUGUUGAAUCCAAAAUCAUUUUACGACACCUUUGUGAGAUGCAACUUCUUAGAUUUUGCUAAUUUUCCAUUGCCAUUGCACAACAUUAACAAGUGUAUUGAUGAUUCCAGUUUUGAAUUCAAAGUUUCUCAAAUAUUCAAGCGUAACUAUUUGGAUCUAAUAAAAAAAUACACUUCAUACUCAUUGGAUUUGCAGUACGACACAAACGAAAUCAGGCUGUACUAUGAUGAGACAUUAUUUAUAUAUUGUCCAAACUGCUAUGAAAAGCUUUCUGGGGGUGUUUCUUGGAUAAACAAUGAAAAUACUGGAUUUGCAAAUUCUGAUUUGAGAGCAACAAAUAUUAACUUUGCACAGUCUUCUGAAUGCUAUUGCACAAAUUUUCCUAUCAUUACUCAUGAAGAGUUAAGAAAGCUUCAAUUGUUUGCCGAUGCUACAAAAGCUGGUACUUUACAAGGUGUGUACAAGCAUUUUUCGAAGGUCAUGUCUGCACCGGGAUUGAUUGACCGAGACCCACUGAAUUUGAGUAUUGAAAUGGCACUCAAAAUCCAGGAAAUAUGGGAAACCCACAAAUAUGAAGAGUUCCCAACAAUGGUAAAAUCCAUUAUUUCACAACUCAAAAACCCAUUGACUGGAGUUUUGCUUGUGGAGUAUUUAAACAACCAAACAAUUAGCAUGACAGUCCCUGGUGGAAUUGAGAUUGGCUAUGAUUUGGUUUCUGCAGUUAUGCAACAAGAAAGAUUUGUAAACAAGAUGAAUAACAUUAAUUGGUUACAGUCUCCACAUAUUAAACAAAUUCUAACUGAGUCUUGUUCAAGGUAUGCUAAUUUCUUUACAAUGUUGACUGACCCUUGUUUGACUCAAGAAAUGUUGAUUCCCACGUUAGAUAUCGAUUUGGUCUGGAGAACUCAUAGAUUGCAUUUAUCUGGUUAUGUCUUUGAUUGCCGGAGUUCUGCUUGUCAUUCAGUCAUUGAUGGCUCACUUCAUGAAGGGAGAUUGGACAAUAGUUUUAAAACUACAGCUGAUACUUAUCAAUUUCGAUUUGGUGAAUCCUAUAACAUCUGCUAUUGUCAACAAUGUAUAAUUUCAAAAUCGGAUACAGCACUAGCAACAAACAAAAGUAUUGUUGCUGAAUCCAAUAUGGAGGUAAAAUCUUUAUUCAACUUUGAAACAUCGCCGUCGUUUGUUGGUGCAACAUCUGUCAGAUCUAUGAAGAAUAAAGUUGCGAAAAAAAGGUCCAGAUCCAAAUCAAGUUCAAAUUUGAGUACAAGUUUGAGUUUUAGUUCAAACAGUUUCUGCACAGUUGAUUCUGUAAUGGACGAUCCGUUAACUCCAAUUGAAGAAAAGUUGGAAGAUUUAAUUUCUCCUAUUUCCCGCAGUGGGCUCUCCUCACCCAGUUGGAUGCCGCUUAGUUUAUGUCAAUCGAUGUCGAGUUCCGAUUUUUCACUUUUUGAGACUGGUACUACAAUUGGUGAAGAUUUAAAUUGUCCAUCAGGUGAUUUUGAUGCUGGUUUUGAUGAUCAGGCGAUUACUUUUGGUGACAUACGGAACGAAUUGUUGGAUUCAACUUUGUCCACGAUUUUUGGAGCUGUUCCAGAGUUAUAG